GCGGUUCCCUGGGGGCCACCUGGGCCUUGGGUGAGGGAGAGGGGCCUUCCCGGCGUAGCAUUUUGUUACAGGCUUUGGGGGAGGCCGCUCAUCUGUAGAUUUUUAAAACUCCAGAGCCUUAUGAAGUAGUUAAAAAACUUUUGUUUAACACAAAGGAGAGACGUCAGGGCUUCCCCGAGGCCCACGUUGCGCAACUGUCAGCAAUGCUCAUGCUCCGGCCGGAGACGGCUCCAUGAGAAUGGUUCGCAGCCGUCGAGACCCUUAGUUGUGGAAUUAGUACUAUUUGUGAUUCCUCUUGUUUGCCAAAACCCGUUGCGCCCACCUGGGAAAUUGUGGCGCUGGCCAAGCCAGUCUAGUAUCUGUCCACGUGAGGCAGUCCGCCAGCUUCCCAAUGGACCGAAUUGUAGAGACUGAGGAUGGAGGGGGCGCCAUAGCCGUUUUGGGUGGUGGAGUGGGAUCUCAGGAACCCUUCUGACGCCGGAAAGGGUCCGCAGUGUGACAGAUGUGUAGUUAUAUAAUACUCAACUGCCAGUGGUAGAAGGUCACUAAAAUAAGAAGCCUAUUAAGAUGUCCUAGGUUGGAAGAAAUUCAGAGCAUUUGAAUUGACUUGAACUGAAACUUUUCACCGCAGGUGACUAGCAUGCAGAUAACCAUUCUCUGACCUGCUGCCCCUCUUCUGACAUGGCCCACCGCGGUGGGGAGAGGGACUUCCAGACUUCAGCGCGGCGCAUGGGCACCUCUUUGCUCUUCCAGCUCUCGGUGCAUGAGCGGGAGCUGGACCUGGUGUUUCUGGAUCACAGCUAUGCUAAGCCGUGGAGUGCCCACCCCGAUGCCAGCAGUGCCCGCCCCACCCGCAUGCUCUUUGUUACUCCGCGGAGACAGCAUGAAAGUACCAUUGAAUCAGAUGUCCCAAUAGACGUGGAGACAGUCAUAUCCACCCCAGUGCCGCUCUACGACAAUCAGAAGGCACGCAGUGUGAUGAAUGAGUGUGAACGGCACGUCAUCUUCGCCAGGACCGAUGCAGAUGCCCCUCCCCCGCCUGAGGACUGGGAGGAGCAUGUCAACAGGACUGGCUGGACCCUGGCCCAGAACAAGCUAUUCAACAAGAUCCUCAAAGCCCUGCAAUCUGACCGGCUUGCCCGCUUGGCCAAUGAAGGGGCUUGUAAUGAGCCCGUGCUGCGUCGUGUUGCUGUGGACAAGUGUGCGAGGAGAGUGCGUCAGGCCCUGGCCAGUGUGAGCUGGGACACCAAGCUGAUCCAGUGGCUGCACACCACCCUGGUGGAAACCCUGAGUCUGCCCAUGCUGGCAGCCUACCUGGAUGCCCUGCAGACGCUGAAAGGGAAGAUCCCCACCUUGAUUGACCGGAUGCUCGUGUCCUCCAACACAAAGACCGGGGCUGCGGGAGCUGAGGCCUUGUCCCUUCUACUGAAGAGGCCCUGGGACCCUGCCGUGGGGGUGCUUUCUCAUAACAAACCAAGCAAACUCCCCGGCUCUCCUCUCAUCCUCAUCGCCUCCUCCGGGCCAUCCAGUUCCGUGUUCCCCACCUCACGCCGCCACCGCUUCUGGCAGUCUCAGCUGUCCUGCUUGGGCAAGGUCAUCCCUGUCGCCACCCACCUGCUGAACAACGGGAGUGGAGUGGGAGUGCUGCAGUGUCUGGAGCACAUGGUCGGGGCCGUGAGAAGCAAAGUGCUGGAGGUUCACGGCCAUUUCCCCCACAAGCCCAUCAUCUUGAUUGGCUGGAAUACAGGAGCUCUGGUGGCCUGUCACGUGUCGGUGAUGGAGUACGUCACUGCUGUUGUCUGCCUCGGGUUUCCUCUGCUUACCGUGGACGGCCCCAGAGGGGAUGUGGACGAUCCCCUCUUGGAUAUGAAGACUCCAGUCCUCUUUGUCAUCGGUCAGAACUCCCUGCAGUGCCACCCUGAAGCCAUGGAGGACUUCCGGGAGAAGAUUCGGGCGGAGAACAGCUUGGUGGUGGUUGGGGGAGCUGAUGACAAUCUCAGAAUAAGCAAAGCAAAGAAGAAAUCGGAAGGGUUGACUCAGAGCAUGGUGGACAGAUGCAUUCAGGACGAGAUCGUAGACUUCCUGACUGGGGUGCUUACUCGUACCGAGGGGCACAUGGGCUCCGAGCCUCGGGAUCAGGACGCUGAGAAGAAGAAGAAGCCCCGAGACGUGGCCCGCAGAGACCUGGCCUUCGAGGUCUCGGAGAGGGGUAGUCGACCUGCAUCACCAGCUGCCAAGCUGCCUGCCUCCCCCUCGGGCUCAGAGGAUCUCUCCAGUGUGUCCAGCAGCCCCACCUCCAGUCCCAAGACCAAAGUGACCACAGUGGCGUCUUCCCAGAAGUCCAGUCAGAUUGGAAGCACCCAGCUGCUGAAGAGACACGUGCAGCGGACAGAGGCUGUGCUGACCCACAGACAAGCUCAAGUUCCUAUUUCAUCAGAACAAACCGAGGAAGCUGAGAAAGAGGAGCUCAGGGUCCAGCUGAAGCGGCACCAUCCCUCCAGUCCCCUUUCUGGCAGCAAGACCUGCAAGCGACCGAAGAUCAAGGUGUCCCUCAUCUCCCAAGGGGAUGCAGCUGGAGGGCCUUGCACCCCUUCCUCAGGGGGCGCUCCAGAAGCUGCAGGAGGGAAGCCCCUCACCAUGACGUUGGGACAGGCGUCCACAGGGGCCACAGAACUUACCGGGCUUCUCGCCACAGCCAAGUCAAAUGCUUCUGAAGGGGGCGUCUCAGCCAGCCAGGCAUCCUCAGUGGUCUCCAGCAGCGCCACGCCCAGUGCCUUGCACACACUCCAGAGCCGCCUGGUGGCCCCCUCUCCUGGUGGCUCCCUCCCAGGGGCCGCGUCAGCCAGCAGCCUUCUCCAGGGCCUCAGCUUCAGCCUGCAGGACAUCAGCAGCAAGACCUCUGUCCUCCCGGCAAGCCCAUCACCCGGGCCAGCCCCACAGGCCACUGGUGUGAAGUUGCCCACCCCCAUGCAGAGCCUGGGUGCCAUCACCACGGGUGCCAGCACCAUUGUCCGCACCAUCCCUGUGGCCACCACCCUGUCCUCCUUGGGCGCCACUCCUGGUGGGAAACCCACAGCCAUCCACCAGCUGCUGACCAAUGGGGGCCUCGCUAAGUUAGCAAGCAGCCUUCCUGGCCUGGCUCAGAUCUCUAACCAAGCAUCAGGCUUGAAGGUCCCCACCACCAUCACUCUGACACUGCGUGGCCAGCCCAGCCGAAUCACCACGCUGAGCCCCGUGGGCACAGGAGCAGCCCCGUCAGAGGAGCCCACCUCCCAGGCACUGCCCUCCAACUCACAGCGCCUGCCUCCAGCCCCCUGAGGACACUGUGCCACAUGUCUUCCUUCACCAGGCUGGUGACGGCUGCUGCACGGUGUGGCCUGGGCGGCGGUGCAGUCCUGCCGAGCUGUCCGCUUGUCCAAAGACCUCUUUAACACAGUCACUUUUGCCUCUCUGUCAGCUGUCUUCAGGACUGGACCUCCGGGUCUUGUGUAAUCAUGAGGCAAGGUGAUACAGCGCCAGCAACGGGACCCUGUGCCCAGUCACUACAGGUCUGAUUCCAAGAAUCUCCAGGUCCUCAGCACAUCUGGCUGGGCAUGAAUCUGAGGCACUGCUUCCCUCUCAGUAGCUGUAACUUGACCCAGGAAGUGGCGUCGGACUGCUCACUGCAUCGUAAUAAAGGAGCACCUCUUGGAAGUGUGUGCCGCCCCGCACAAAGUUAGGAGGAGACAUCAUGUGGUCCCGGGCUGUAGGAGUUGGGGUCGAGAGCCCUGUGCUGAGGGCAAGGAUCAUCCCAGCCCCCCAACUGGCGGCUCAGUGCCAGGGGGCUUGUUCUGUCUGUCGUUGUCCACCAAACAGUCAUGGGAGAGGUCUUUGCAGGCAGCAUUCUCCGUAGGCGCCACACUGGAUACCAAGUACCUGCUGAGACCUGGAGACUCCUCGCUCCAGACCCGUGAGAGGGACAGAGAAGCGGACUGCCGUCUCUCAGUCCCUUUGGCCAGUCACAGACACGGGGAGCAGCAGUUGCUGGGAGGUGAGAGCCAGCUUUUCUCUUUUCCAUCACGUUUGGGCAAUUCUUGUAUUCAGAAAGCCUGCAGGCUCAGAAAGGCUGACGAGAACGAAGGGGACAGCCAACAGAGUGUCCUGGAGGGCACACCAGCUGUGGAGGUGCUUUGGGCUUGAGGCUUUGCAUCUGUCACCUAAGGAGUUGUGGUUUCAGCUGGAGAUGAAAAUUUUCCGGGCCCGAGGAAAGAAGCCCCAACCCCUGAAAUUUCCGUGCUCAGUAGUGGAGUGGGGACAGCUGCUCAGUGAACACCUUGGCCGCUCGUCCUGUGAGACCCUGACAUCAGGACAACAGAUGCCACGCUUUGGUGUUUCUGUUUCAGCUCUGCGUAUGACUUCUUGUCUUCUUGCUUAGAAGUGGGAAGAUGACUGGCAUUGGCUCUACUGUGCAGGGUGCUCAGUACCAACCUGAGCCCUGGAGGGGCAGGUCCCUGGAGAAGUGAUUACUGAGGAUGGAGCCCUGAGCCCUUCCUUACCUCCUCACAACACUUGUAUGCAAAAGUAUUUUUAGAUUUGGCUUAGAAGCUGUCCUCCAGAGUAGGCUCCUUUCCCUUUUGUACUCUAGAAGGUUUCCAGCCCAGGUGUAAGGCCCCCCACGUAUGACUCUUGAGUAUCUGUAGGCAGGGAGGACCCACAGCAUACCAUGGCUGGACUUGCGCAGGUCCUGGCCUGAGGGCAGUGUGUAUCCACAGCAGGCCACCUCUGUUCAGUCCAGGAGGCUCCGUCCAGUUCGAGUGGCAGCCGGGAGGCGGCCUGUGGUAGAGGAGUCUCAGACACAGCGGACUUGGUCCAGGCCGGGCCCGCAGCAGUGUCUGCCACAGGCAUGGAGCGGGCAGGUGUCACUACACCCUCCCUCCCGGCCUCCUGCCUAGCUGGUCUCUGAAGUGGUUCACACAGAACUAGCCUGCAUCCUUGCAUUAGUGGGCAGGCAACUGCUUUCUGAAAUUCAGGCAGCAUUUAGUAAGUUGGAAGAGAUGAAAGGUGAAAAAGACGUCCAGGGUCAGGGGUUUGGUGACUUUACAGGUAGGAUAGUAACGCGCCAGGAGGAACUGAGGACAGUGAGACUGUGAGACCUGUGUGAAGCUUUUAGCAAACACUCAGGGCAGGUUCCUGAACAGCCUCUUCAUGACUUAGAAGUACUGUCUAGACAGCACCGGGGGGCUGCUCUGAAAGAUGCUGACCCCCCUGUGGGCUGGGGCCAAAGAAGAAGCUGAAAAAGCAUCCUGCGUCUGUCUCAACCCUAGCAAGCUUCCCACGAAUGAUUUCCUGAGGCUUGGCUUAUACACCGGGAGGGCUGCCAAAGCUGGGGAAGGGGAGUAGUGAGAACCUUGGUUCUGCUGCACUGUGGGGGGACGGGCUAAAGGAGGAAGUAGUUGAAGUCCCUGGAAUCAUGCUCCCCAAUUCCGCACUUCUCCAGCCACAUUUCUCAAACUGGAGAAGGAAGCUUCCCUCUGCCAAUCACAUAGCAGACCUAGAGUCCCUGACCUUGGAAGGCAACACUACUGGCCAAAAGUGUAGAAGGAUCCAGAGAGCUUUAGCUGAGUUCUUGGGUGACGGGUGCGUGUUGAUGCCCUGUGAAAGCAGUCUUUGUUUGAAGAUGAAGUCGCUGAUGGAGUAAGACCUGUCCUCGGCUCCACCGCUGGGACAGCCCUGGGCUGGAUGGGGUAUUGAGCUGAGCUGCUGUGACAGUUCUGUUUUUCCAUUAGCCAAAACAAUUAAAAAUAAAAACAGAUUUUGGAUUGCUUCAA